AUGCAAAAUACACCUCAAAAGAAAAUUGUAAACCCGAGAAUUCACAGGAACCCAGUUUCCUGGUGGGACUCGGAGUGUCAAAAUAUUAAAGAUAUGAGAAACCAAGCCUUCAAAAAAUGGGAAAAGUCACGAAACUUAAACGACUUUAUAGAAUUCAAAAGACUUAGGGCCAUCGCACGCAAGACUUUCAAAAGAAAAAAGAGAGACGAUUUCAUUGAAUUUGCACAGAGUCUUAGCUGUCUUUCUAGCAAUAAAUACGUAUGGGAAAAAUCCAAAAUUCUGAAAAACAAAUGGGUCAAGGUUACGCCGUCACACCUGACUCAAAAUCUUCAGACCGAGAAUAAAAUCAAAGCAAUAAACAAAAUUUGCCCUCCGUGGGUACCGACUAAUCCCGAUUUCAUGCCUACCUGUCAAGAUAACUCUUUCCUCGAAUCAGAAAUUACCUUUGCUGAAUUUAACCUUGCACUCGACUCUCGAAAAUCAAGUUCUUACUUCACUUUAAAAAACCUCCCUAUCAACUACAAGCUCAUUCUUAUCGAUAUCUACAACGAAAUGUUUAGAACAGGCCACUUUCCGAAAGAUUGGAAAAAAUCAUUUGUUCAUCUAAUUUCCAAAUCUGACGGAGUCAACUAUCGACCUAUUUCCCUCACAUCUUCACUGUGCAAGCUUUUUGAGACAAUUAUUAAAAAUAAACUUCAAUGGUGGAUUGAAAAACAAAACAUUCUUCCAAGCUUUCAGAGCGGAUUUAGAAAAGGACAAUCCUGUACAGACAAUAUACUCAAUCUAACCAUUAAAAUUCAAGAAGCUUUUAAGAAAAAACAAAAUCUUUUUUCUGUAUUCCUCGACGUGAGUGGCGCCUUUGACAACGUCAACAUUGAACUCUUAUUGAUUAAACUCGCAGACUUAGGCUGUCCAUCCAAAAUGAUUAAUUUUAUCAAAUUUCUGACUUACGAAAGACAGAUUUUCUCUGAAAUUUCCAAUGAGUUCAGACUAUCGUACAAAGGCGUCCCUCAAGGGGGUGUCCUUAGCCCUCUCUUAUUUAUUAUCUAUGUCAGCUCCAUCAUGAACGACAUCCCUAAAACAGUCUCUGUGCUACAAUUUGCAGACGAUAUAUCACUCUGCUCAAAAAACAUAAGCUCUCUAAAAAAGGCCAUCAAGAUUAUUGACAAACAGCUUUCACACCUUGGACUUGAUCUAGCUCCACACAAAACUGUAUUUGUCAACUUUAACCAAAAUGGCAUUCUACCUGGCACGACCGAAUUAGAAAUUAACAAUAAUUGUACUAUAGUAUCCAGCUCUUCCGCCCGGUUUCUCGGAGUCAUUUUCGACUACAGACUCAAUUUCUGCGAACAAAUUGAUAACAUUCGAUGGAGAUGUCAUCGAGCUCUUAAUAUUUUGAAAUUUCUACAAGGCACUUGGUGGGGUGCCCAUCCCAACAUUCUAAUCAUAUUUUAUAAAAGCUAUGUUCGAUCCAUCCUCGAAUACAGCUGCUUCGCUUAUUUUCCUGUACGAAAGGACUACAUCAACAAACUAGAAAAAAUUCAAUACAGCGCUAUUCGUGCAGCUUUUGGUUAUCGAAUCACAACUCCACUGAAUGUUAUCCUAGCAGAAUCCAAACUACCUUCCAUCAAAGAAAGAACACGUUUUCUUUGCUAUUCCUACCUAUUAAAAAUUCUCAGUAAUGAAAACCUUCUAGUCCAUAAAGCUAUCAAAGCCUACUAUAAUAAAGUAUUAAAAAAAUCAACUGUCAAGCGCAAUCGAUUAUUUGAAGGGUGCAUUAAAGAUCUCUUUAAUUCCCCUAUCCCUAUUAUUAAGUCUACAAACUACCAAAUAUUUAACUACGAUUACUCUGUCUUGACCAGUACCAUUCCCAUCAAUACCACAGUUGGAAAAUCCCUUAAAGCAUCUCCUUCUCCAAACCUAUUGCUACAGGGGCUUUUGAAAGAUCAUUCAUACCUGGAAAUCUACACUGACGGUAGCAAAGACAAAAAUUUGAACACUGCUGGAUCGGCCUGCAUUUCCACUAAUAACAAUGACACGAUUGUCAGGAAUCUCCAUAGCACAACCUCUAUUUUUACUGCUGAGUCUCUUGCCAUAAAUGAUGCUAUGGAUAUUGCUCUCAAAAACACCGACAAGAACAUCAUUAUUUUUUCUGACUCAUUAAGCGUUGUGCAGGCACUCAAAAACCGUAAACUAGAUAUAAGAACCAACCCUUACUUAUUUUCUAUUAGAGAAAAAUAUCAAAAAUUUACACAAAUAAUGUCAAACGGCGCUUCGAUUCUUCUAUGUUGGAUUCCAUCUCAUUGCGGUAUUGAAGGCAAUGAUUUAGCCGACUCCCUAGCUAAGAACGCAGCAACGUUUCCUGGGAUCAGAGGAAGGCCUCUCGUACCUUUCACUGAUAUGAAAGCCAGCUACAGAGAGGCCAUGAUCAAAAACUCCAAAAUCCAUUUCCUGGAAAUGAGCCCAGAUAAAGGCAUUUACUACUUUCAAAAUUACUACAAAGAUGCUUGUCGCCCAUGGUUUCAAAAUAAAAACCUAACCAGAAAUCUCAUAGUCACCAUUAACCGUUGCCGUGCUGACCAUUAUAAUCUUGCUGCCUCCUUAGCCAGGGUUAAUAUAAUCUCGGACAGUUCUUGCACUUGUAAAUCCAGCAUUCAAGAUCUGGACCAUAUCAUCUGGCAGUGCCCACUGUAUGACAACCAAAGAACAAAGCUAAUUGUAAGCCUAGAAAAAGCUGGAUUCCCACUUCCUAUGAAAACUUCGAUCAUACUUCACGAACCCCAUGUACCAGGCUGUAAAUCUAUUGUAGCGUUCCUCGAAGAAUGUAAUAUUAAAUUGUAA